AUGCUGAUUUCUUAUCAAAAUUAUGUCAAAUUUUACGAGAAUGAUAACGGAAUUCUUAGCUUGGAGCAAUAAAAUACAAUAGUUUUGCUCUAUAAUGAUAGCGUGAAACCGCGCUGUAUUGUGACGAAUAUUUAUUAGCCGCAUUCAGUCACGAGAGCGGUGCGAAGUGGUGAACACACCCGCUCUCGAACGCACCUAGUCAUUGGCUGUCAAAAAAUGACCGAAGUCACACGGAAGAAAACUUUUUUGGGUUUUGAUUUUAGUACACAGAGGCUCAAAGUAUUAGUAAUAGAUGAGGACUAUGGAAUACUGCAAGAGGCAGAUGUUGAAUUUGAUGUUGAUCUUCCAGAGUUCAGGACAGCCGGUGGGGUGCGGCGCGGGGAGCGGGGUGAGGUGACGGCACCACCACUAUUAUGGGUCAAGGCUCUGGACAUGGUGAUGGAUAGGCUCAUAGUUGCUGGAGUAGACUUCUCUACUGUUGAAGCACUAUCUGGUGCAGCACAGCAACACGGCUCAGUAUGGUGGUCCAAAGAUGGUGAAGCCCGUCUCUCGAAAUUGUCUUCCGAGGAGUUCCUGCACACACAACUGGCCACUGCCUUUGUGGCUGACUCUCCCGUCUGGAUGGAUUCCAGUACUACAGUAGACUGCAGAGCACUCGAGGAGGCAGUUGGAGGUUCUGAGGCUCUCGCCAAAAUCACCGGCUCAACAGCCUACGAGCGUUUCACAGGCCCACAGAUCCGCAAAAUGUUCCGCACCAAGCCCAGGGUAUACCAGGCGGCUUCGAGAAUAUCACUGGUCUCUUCGUUCGCUUGUAGUCUGUUCCUGGGACGGAUAGCUGACAUUGACUUGUCUGAUGGCUCCGGGAUGAACCUGCUUGAUGUGCAUAGUAAGAGUUGGAGUGAAGAGUGCCUUAAGGCUUGCGGCGAUGAAACACUAUCAGAAAAACUGGGUACCCCAGUACCCACGGCGAGCGUGCUAGGCACCAUCGCGCCGUACUUCGUGGAACGAUACGGAUUUAAACCCGACUGCCAAGUGGUCGCGUUCACGGGCGACAAUAAUUCUGCUCUUGCGGGACUCCGCCUCCGGCCCGGCUGGGUAGGCCUCAGCCUGGGCACAUCGGACACACUCCUCCUCGGCCUCGACCAAGCGCAGGCCCCUCCCGCGGGACACGUCCUCGUGGGGCCGGCCGAGGCCCCCUAUAUGGCCUUACUGUGCUUCGCCAACGGGUCACUUACAAGGCAGAAUCAUAGGGAUAGGUUAGCCGGACAGAGUUGGGACGCUUUUAAUGAUUUGCUGAGGGCUACUGUCAGAGGAAAUAUGGGAUAUAUGGGUAUCUACUACGACACGGCGGAGAUCGUGCCGCGCGGCGCGCCGGGCCGCCGGCUGGCGGACGGCUGCGGGCGCGCGCGGCCGGCGCCGGCGCCGCAGUUCGAGGCGCGCGCGCUGCUCGAGGGGCAGGCGCUGGCGCGCCGCGCUCACGCCGAGGACAUGGGCUUCCAUCUGGAUGCAAAUUCUCGAUUAAUCGCUACGGGAGGCGCUAGUGUGAACAAGGAGCUGCUGCAAAUUUUCGCCGACGUGUUCAACACGCCCGUCUAUGUUCAGGAGCAGCACGCGAACGCCGCGCUCCUGGGCGCGGCCACUCGCGCCGCGGAGGUUUGGAGCGCCACGACGGGGGUCCCUCUUACUGGAUCGGAGCCCACGCUAGCGCCGGUGGCCAGCCCGUACCCCGACGCGGCCACCAUCUACACGCCCAUGCUCGCCCGCUACCGCGACAUGCUCCAACACAUCCCUAAACUACAGUAACCGCUUACACUUAACAGCAUAUCGAAGCCAAUUUAACAGAAUUAAUCAGCCGGAGUAAAAAAAACACUAAUAGUUUACUACAUCAGAAUUGUACCCUCAUCAUGGUUAUGUUUGCUAGUGCAAGCGAUAUACAGCUUAUGCAGUCUUAUAAUAUUCGCAAACCAAACUGACGACCGAAGUAUAGAAUAGAAUAAAAUAACAUUACGACCGGUCUGGCCUAUACUCUGUAUCUUUAUGUAUUUAAAUAAAAGUAAUUUAAUUAUGUGUCGAAAGAUGGUAGUAAAUUUACGUCGCUACAAAGUUUUCUUUGACAAUACACCACUAUAUCAAAAUCUCUUUGGUAAUAGGAUCACAGCCAUCAGUUUGGUUUGAGGAUACUAUCGCGAAUACAGGUAUUGGCAAUCGUACAAUGCACAAAUAGAUAAUGACAAUCUUUGGAUAUUAUUGAAUU